AUGGCUGCAAUGGCCUUGCUUAGGCUUCCGCCCGCGGUCCGGGUGGCAAUGCUCGCUCGCACCUUCGAAACGCACAAGCCAUACUUUCCGGCGUAUAGCGUGAGUAUGUCGCAGCGACGCAGCUACGCCGAUGCGCAAUUGCAAAGUACAGAGGGCUUCCAAGACGUUGAAGACUUUUCAUCGGCACCUCCUGAUCUGCAGCAGAGAGCAGAACAUACGCCGGUCCAUUUCUUUUUCGAGCGAAGUGAUCCAGCAGAGCAUCAACAGAGGAUUGAGACAGCAGCAACGAAAGUACGAGAUCGAUCGAGCAAUCUGGAACUGGAGGACGGCCAACUGGAGCACGGCCAACGGCGAGAACUCAGUUACGAUAUCCGGAAGAACGCUGUAAAUAGGAGUGCUUUGGCAGCUCUAAUGACCUAUCCACUCUUUCGUUUCGACGACACCAGCCGCAAACUGGAGCAGAAAGCCGAACAUCUUUCAUCAGGUGGCCAGCCCGAAUCGUCUGACGUGCAGGAGACCGCUGAAACUAUGAGGCUGCCAACUGAAGCAGAAUACCCGUGGGCUCCAGUAGAGCUCUUCGAAGCAGCGACGGUGAUCAACGGCUUCAGGCGUCUCAGAGUUGCCGCCGAAAAGGAGUUCAAAGUGGACGAGAAGUUCAGUACCCGACGUCGUGCCAAAAAGGGCCAGGUUGAACACACAUGCCAACUAGUCUUGAGCGUUGAGGGCUUUGCUUGGUGGAUGUCGACUGGCAAAGGAUUGACCAGGAAAGUUGCGAAGCAGGCGGCCUACCUUCGGGCACUUGCUGACAUGCAUGUAAAGGGUGCGCUCAAGGCCCUGUCGUCCCCGACACUUUCUCAGGAAGGAAACAUUCGACAAGAGCACGAAGUCAAAGUAUCUACAACGCAGGCUGGCAUGCCGACCGAAGAGCAAUAUCCUCAGGCUCCAGACGGCCUGUUCGACCCGGCACUUAUCCAGGACAUUAUUCACGGUGCAUGCGGUAAGCUGAAGAUACCGAUACAGACUCACGUCGACUUGGACACUAAGCGCGCACCGGGUUUGGUCUUCACUUGUACGCUUAAGCUCGAGCUGCCGGGCUUAUGCCAAGAGACCAGUGCGGGAGAGGGUCGGAGCAAACAGGUUGCGAGACAAGCUGCUUGGGUGCAGAUGGCGGCAAAACUACACGAGAAUGGUGCCCUGAGUGUGCUGUUCUCUGGGACUAAGAAGACCACGAUACAUCUGCAGCCGGGAGUGGAAGUUACAGACAUGAGGCCAACCACGCUGGGCAAAGGCGUAAUCGAAGAAGAGAAGGAUGCCAAAACCGAGAUCUACAACUAUGCGGCCGGGUUUGGUCUUGUCCCGCAAUUCAGAGUCGCCAUGGUCCAGACUCGGACUCCACGGAAGAGACUCCGAAAACAGUCGGCUCGGCAGAAGCAGAAGCCUACUGUGCAGGUCGACAUUAGCCUGCCGGAACAAAGCAUCGAUGUGUCCGCCGUGGCUAAGGACUUGCGGACCGCCGAGACUGCGGCAGCUCUCUCUUUCAAGGCGAAAGCUGAGGAGUGGCACAAGCGCAACCGUGGUCUGCAGACAGGAGACUCUGGGCUACAAUCAGGACUCCUGAGCACCGACACCGCCAUAUACUUCUUUCAGUGGCUCCGAGAAGUCAGGAGAGGCACCCGCAUUGAAGUGGAGCAUGAGCAGCUUACUCAGGCUCGUUCCACCCGCCAGAGCGCCCAUUUGACUGUGGAUGGUACUCCGCUCGGACAAGCCGUCGUAAUGGGGAGCAAGAAACAAGCAGAAGCGGCUGCGCACCUAACGGCUGCUAUUGAGAUGACUAGGGAGGACCCUGGGUUACUACAGGGCUUCGAGGAGAGGCUGACGAAGAACAAAGGUAAAUUUUUGAAGCCGUUGCCUCCCAUCGAUCUCGAUAUUGGUGUUGGGGCCACAUACAUCAUGCGGGACGCACUUGUGGAGGCCAGGAAAGCUGGUCUGCCAGAUAGCCGACAGGUGUUGCGGGCUGAAGAGAGACUCGUGGAGGGCGCUCCGCGAAGACGACCGACACGGCUCGAUCCAGUCAAGAUCGAGUACCUCAACGGACACCUGGUGGACAAACAAAAGGCAUUUGAGGAAGAUGCUGGCCUGCAAGAGCUUCACGCGAAGAAGGCGUCGCUUCCGAUGAAUCAGUACCGAGCACAAGUCAUCGAUAUGGUUAGCAACAACCCCUAUAGCAUAAUCGUUGGCGCUACUGGAAGCGGCAAGACAACGCAGGUCCCGCAAAUUCUCUUGGAACAUGCUAUCGCUGCUGGCCAUGGUGGCUCUUGCAAUAUCAUCUGUACUCAACCAAGACGCAUAGCAGCGACCUCGGUAGCACAGCGGGUGGCUGUAGAGCGCAAUGAGCGGUUGCAAGAGUCUGUCGGUUACCAAGUCCGCUUUGAUGCGAAGCUACCACGGCCUGGAGGCAGCAUGACAUAUUGCACCACUGGCGUCUUGCUCGAGCAGCUCAAACACGAUGCAGACGGUGUAUUGGACGCGGUAUCACACUUGGUCAUCGACGAAGUCCAUGAACGAGACAUCAAUAUUGACUUUCUCAUGGUCGUGUUGAAGAAGGCUUUGGCCGCUCGUCGACUGGCAAGCAAGUCGAUACCGAAGGUCGUCUUGAUGUCUGCGACGCUGGAUACAGAGCUGUUCGCUGAGUACUUCGUGACUACCGAUGCGGGAGGCAAGCGGACAGCCUGUCCGUCUCUGAGCGUGCCGGGACGUACAUUCCCUGUCAAGGAGAUAUAUCUCGAAACGAUUCUGCACGAAUUGCAACAGCAUCAUAAGCGCGAGCUCACCCUCAUGAUCUCACAAGAAAAGGACAGUCAAGAAUAUCUGAGAUCCGAGACGACUUUCUGUAGGUCACAUACGUCGACUGGGGAGCAACUUGCAGACAAUGGCGCAAUCGACUGGAAGCGACAGAGACAGGUUCAAGCUGGACUGGAAGACGUUGGUAAUGCCACCUCCGAGCAGGAAGAAGCCCUCGUACCAACUGCAUUGCUCGCGGCUACCAUAGCACACAUAUGCAAGACGACUGAGGACGGUGCCAUCUUAGCCUUCCUGCCCGGCAUCGAGGAAAUAGUGAGGACGCAACGGGUCUUACAGGAGCGAACGCUAUUGGGUAUGGACUUCCGUGAUCCUUCGAAGUUCAAGAUCUGCCUUCUGCACUCCACCGUGCCCAAAGAGGAACAAACAGCAAUAUUCGACCCGGUGCGGCCUGGUUGCCGCAAAAUCAUACUGUCCACCAACAUUGCCGAGACGUCUGUCACCGUUACUGAUGUGAAGUAUGUUGUUGACACGGGCAAGUUGCGGGAGACGCGGUACGAUCAGACCAGACGCAUCACCAAGCUACAGUGUGUAUUUGAGAGCAAGUCAAACUCCAAGCAGCGUGCUGGCCGCGCCGGUCGCGUACAGGAAGGCCACUACUAUGCCCUAUUCUCCAAGGAACGCCAUGACUCUUUGAGAGCGGUCGGCCUGCCGGAGCUGCUACGAAGCGAUCUCCAGGAGACCUUGUUGUCCAUCAAAGCUCGGGGCUUCAGCGAGCCUGUUGAGCAGUUUCUUGGACUAGCAAUCGAAGCUCCGCCCACAGCUGCAAUAAAAGUAGCACGAUCGAGCCUGCAGGCAAUCGAGGCGCUUACUACGGAUGAGCAGCUUACGGAUCUUGGUCGCCUUUUGUCAAAGUUACCUGUUCACCCGACCCUGGGCAAGAUGAUUGUGCUAGGAGUCGUCUUCAGAUGUCUCGACUCGAUGCUUAUACUCGGGGCAGCUGCCCAGGAACGUGCACUCUUCAUAACGCCACUUGGCGGUGACCUGCGAGCAGCGUCUGUCAGCGCUCGUCGGAAGUAUGCGAAAGGUGAACCCAGCGAUCACAUGGCAAUGUUGAACGGCUUCAACAAGAUCCGCAAGCUCCGAGAUCAGUACGGCAUCGGUGCAGCAUCCGAGCGCGCACGGGAGAACUGGAUCCACAUGGGAGCGUUCAGAGCGAUCGAUCAGACUGCCCAGCAGAUCGUGCAGAUACUGGAAGGCUCCGGCUUGAUCCCAAGCACACUUCCCAGCGAAAGGUCGCGAGGCCGAUACGGUCCAGCCGAGCUGAAUCGCAACGCCCACAAUCCGGUCCUCGUGAAGUCUCUGCUUCUGGCGGGUUCGCAUCCAAAUCUCGCUGUCAAAAGCAGCCCAACAGGCGCCACCUACCGAGUUCCUGACGAACAAGGGGUGCUAUUGCACCCCUCAUCCCUCAACGACGACACGAAGAAGACCAGCAAGAAACACCCGCGAGGAUCAUUGUUCGCAUACAGCACUCUCGGCAGAAGCAACGACGGCAAGCAGCUCUUCAUGAGGGACUCGACGCUCGUGGACCCGCUGAUGGCGGUACUCUUUGGUGGCAAGUUGCACAGGAGCGGCUUCGCUCGUCUGGACAUGGAUGAGUGGCUUUCUUUCUACAUCAAAGUCAACGAUAAGGGAUUCGUCCCGACGAUGCUCAUCGUGGAGUUCCGGGAGGCUUUGGACAGAGUGCUGAACAGCGCUUUCCGCUCGCUGGCGACUUUGGACGUACAGAAAGGCCGCGUCUUCGCAGACGACCCGGUGCGAGAUCCGUUCGCCAACAGAGUCGUCCGGGUGUUGGACCAGGUUGCGGCGAAAGGCGGUGACGCGAGGAAUUUGAGAUGGCGACAAACAGCCCAGAUAAACUGGAUAGACUAG